CUUGAUACACUCGACUCCUUGAUCGCAUUCUUCGCACACUGCCAAAAUGACACAGCAAGCCCAGGGAAAUGGCAAGCACCGCUUCGACCCCAACUUCACCGACGCCGUCAUCAACGCCAUUGGGCCCAAUGUGCCUGACCGGACGCGCUUUGUCAUGAGCUCGCUCAUCAGGCAUCUCCAUGACUUUAUCCGUGAGGUCGAGUUGACCAACGACGAGUGGUUCGAGGGCGUGCGAUUUGUCAACUCGAUUGGCAAGACCACGACCAACACCAGGAACGAGGCGCACCGCAUUUCCGACGUGCUCGGAGUUGAAUCGCUGGUCGACGAGAUCGCCCACAUGCACGUCAACGAGUCUGGCGAGACACCCACCUCGUCGACAAUUCUCGGCCCCUUCUGGUCGCCACACUCGCCCUUCCGCGACCUUGGCGACACCAUUAUCCGCAGCCCUCACCCCGAUGGCCAGGUCACCCUUAUGCACGGCAAGGUCGUUGACCUAAACACCAAGAAGGGCAUCCCCGGCGCUGUCAUCGACGUCUGGCAGGCGAGCGCCAACGGAAAGUACGACUUCCAGGACCCUGAGAACCAGGAGCCAAACAACCUGAGGGGAAAGUUCACCACAAACGAGAAUGGCGAGUACUGGUUCUACUGCUACAAGCCUACCGCCUACUCGCUGCCCACCGAUGGCGCUGCUGGCCAACUCUUCAAAGUUCUCGAACGCCACCCCUUCCGCCCCGCACACAUCCACCUCAUGGUCUCGGCAGAGAACUUCAAGCCUCUGAUCACACAACUAUACCCCCGCGACGACCAGUGGGUCACCAACGACACUGUGUUUGCGGUCAAGGAUGACUUGCUUCUCGACUUUGAGCCCAGCAAGGACCCCAAGGCCAAGCUCGACCUGACAUAUAACGUCACUCUGGCCCCGACAGGCAAGAAGACGGCGAGAUUGGACGGCAUUCCCAGGCUGCCCAAUUCUCUCAUUUCGACCCCGAUGCUCCUCUCUUCCCCUCAAUCCCUCUUUUCACGGCCUCUGUCGCGUGCCCGUCUACCCACCCUCCACCCACGUACCCUCACUUCAUCUGCCGUAUUCAACAUGCGCGUGCCAUAUGCCCCCAGCGAGCCUCCAAACGAAGAAGCGCGUCCCAUUUACGAGCGCAUCGCCGAGCGACGAAAGCCCCGCCCCCUCAUCCCGCUCGAUCUCGCGCUCCUGCACAACCCCGCCAUUGCAGACGGCUGGAACUCUUUCAUCGGCGCCAUCCGCACCAAAACCAGCCUCCCAGACACAUUCAAAGAGCUGGCAAUCAGCCGGAUAGCAGUUCUCAACCAUGCAGUGCACGAAUGGGAUGUUCACGCGGCGCUCGCACGCAAAGCAGGCGUCUCCAAGGAGGUGUUGCAAGCGCUGCUCGACCUGCCCGUUACCAAGCACGGAAUGGUGAAGAAAGAGGGCCUUGCUGGAUUCAGCAGUCAAGAGUACGCAGUCAUGGUGUACGCUGAUCAGAUGACGGUAGGAGUGCAGGUCGAGGACGAGGUUAGCGACAUGGUGAAGCAGGCAUUGGGGGAUACCGCCAUGGUUGUCGAGUUGACGGCCACAAUCGCCGCAUACAACGCCCGCUACGCAUCUUCAAAGCACCCUACAAACUUCACGCCGCCCACCCAAUCCGAGCUCGACGAACUCCGUGACUCGGUUCGCGAAUUUGCCCGCCUUGAAAUUCCAGAAGAAGUCGCUGCAAAGACGGACCGCGAAAAUGCCUUUCCCAACGACAUGUGGCAGAAGUUUGGCGAAGCAGGCUUCCUUGGUAUCACAGCCGACGAGGAGUUUGGCGGCCUGGGCAUGGGAUACCAAGCACACUGUGUUGUCAUGGAGGAGCUUUCACGAGCCAGCGGAAGCAUUGGACUGAGUUAUGCAGCGCACAGCCAGCUGUGUGUGAACCAGUUGGCGCUGAACGCAAACGCGGAGCAGAAAAAGAAAUACUUGCCUGGCCUGAUUAGUGGCGAGCAGAUUGGAGGCCUGGCCAUGAGUGAGCAUAGUGCAGGAAGCGAUGUUGUUAGUAUGAAGAUGACGGCGAAAGAGGUGGAUGGCGGGUACCUGCUCAAUGGUACCAAGAUGUGGAUUACCAACGGACCCGAUGCGCACACAAUCGUCGUCUACGCCAAAACCGUACCCGACGCCGGUAGCAAAGGUAUCACGGCCUUCAUUGUCGAGACCUCGGCCAAGGGCUUCAGUGUAGCCAACAAGCUCGACAAGCUAGGCAUGCGAGGCUCCAACACGGGCGAACUCGUCUUCGAGAACGUCUUUGUCCCCAAGGAAAACAUGCUUGGUGAGGUCAACCGCGGUGUGCGUGUGCUCAUGGAGGGCCUGGAUCUCGAGCGACUUGUUCUUUCAGCCGGUCCCUUGGGCCUCAUGCAAGCCUCGCUCGACAACGUCCUGCCAUACACCCAUCAAAGAAAGCAGUUUGGUCAGCCCAUUGCGCACAACCAGCUUAUCCAAGGAAAGCUAGCAGACAUGUACACCAAAUUCAGGGCCUCGCAAUCCUUUACCUACAGCGUUGCGCGCGCCGUAGACGAGUCGCACGCGAGCCCAAAUAUUAAAACUCAGGAUUGCGCAGGCGCGAUUCUGUAUGCGGCAGAGAGGGCCAGCGAAGUCGCAGCUGACGCCAUCCAAUUAAUGGGCGGCAUGGGAUAUAUGAACGAGGUGCCUGUGGGAAGGAUACUACGAGAUGCAAAGCUCUAUGAGAUUGGUGCUGGAACCAGUGAGGUGAGGAGAAUGGUCAUUGGUCGCGCCUUUAACAAGGAGUGGAAGCAGGAGAUAUAAAGACG